CUAACCCAACGAUAAAACGCAGGAGCCAUAGAAGAAGAGAUAAAACUCUGUGUGUGUGUGAGUGAGUGAGACUCGACAAUGGCGUCUUUGGCUCAGCAAUUCACGGGAUUAAGAUGCUCUCCACUUUCUUCUUCCUCUUCUAGGUUAUCAAGGAGAGCGGCGAAGAAUUUUCCCCAGAACAAAUCCGCCUCCGUUUCUCCGACUAUCGUCGCCGCCGUUGCGAUGUCAAGCGGCCAAACAAAGGAGCGUCUCGAGCUCAAGAAGAUGUUCGAAGAUGCUUAUGAACGGUGCAGAAAUGCUCCUAUGGAAGGUGUUGCUUUCACUGUCGACGAUUUCGCUGCUGCUAUUGAACAAUACGACUUCAAUUCCGAAAUUGGAACUAGGGUGAAAGGAACAGUGUUCAAGACUGAUGCAAAUGGUGCAUUAGUAGAUAUUUCUGCGAAGUCAUCGGCUUAUUUGACAGUAGAACAAGCUUGUAUUCAUAGAAUUAAGCAUGUGGAAGAAGCUGGGAUUGUCCCUGGUAUGGUGGAAGAGUUUGUCAUCAUUGGUGAAAAUGAGAGUGAUGACAGUUUGUUACUGAGCUUAAGGAAUAUUCAAUAUGAACUUGCUUGGGAACGAUGUAGGCAGCUUCAGGCUGAGGAUGUUAUUGUCAAGGCUAAGGUUAUUGGUGCUAACAAAGGUGGAUUGGUGGCUCUUGUUGAAGGUCUUCGUGGAUUUGUGCCAUUUUCGCAGAUUUCAUCGAAAGCAGCAGCAGAAGAGCUUCUUGAAAAAGAAAUACCUCUCAAGUUUGUGGAGGUUGAUGAGGAACAAACAAAGCUUGUCCUCAGCAACCGUAAAGCUGUAGCAGACAGCCAAGCUCAGCUUGGUAUUGGAUCUGUGGUUCUUGGAGUUGUUCAGAGCUUGAAACCCUAUGGUGCCUUUAUUGACAUUGGUGGAAUUAAUGGGCUUCUUCAUGUCAGUCAGAUCAGUCAUGACCGUGUCUCAGAUAUCGCAACUGUUCUUCAGCCUGGUGACACUUUGAAGGUUAUGAUAUUGAGCCACGACCGUGACAGAGGAAGAGUAAGUCUCUCCACAAAGAAGCUGGAGCCAACACCUGGUGAUAUGAUUCGCAACCCAAAACUUGUGUUUGAGAAGGCUGAGGAGAUGGCUCAGACAUUCAGACAGAGAAUCGCGCAAGCAGAAGCUAUGGCUCGUGCAGACAUGCUUCGUUUCCAACCCGAGAGCGGACUGACACUGAGUUCUGACGGGAUACUAGGACCACUUGGAUCUGAGUUACCAGAUGAUGGCGUAGAUCUAACUGUCGACGACAUUCCUUCUGCAGUUGAUCUUUAGAUUCGAAAGCUUUAGUGUACUUUUUGAUACAGAAAAACACCUUUGAGCUCAAUGUAAUAUGCAGUUCACUCCUACAAGACAUUGUCUCAUGUGUAUGUUUUCUUAUGUAAUUGAUAUUUCCUAUUAUAACAACGUCGUCAAGAAAUCAAUGAAUUAAA